AAAAGGGGGAUAUAUUCAGAAGUCUGUAUUUUUAAUGUGUUUUAAAGACAUCUUGCCUUGGUCAAAUGUUAAUGCCAUUUGGGGGGCCUUGCCCUGGAAAAGUUUGGGAACCCCUGGAAUAGGUUAUAGGAAAUAUAGGCACUGCAACCAGUCAAAUUAGUGUGCCAGAACUAACUGUUGUAUUUUUUAUUUUUUUUAAUGGCUGACCAAAGGAUUAUAAAAAAAACAGGCAAGCAGUCUGUCAUGAACAUGUUUUCUCAGCCACUUGUUCUGAGGCCGUUGCUUAAACUUUUAUUAUUCUUUUUUUUUUUUUAUCAUGGUUACACUUAUUUUCCAGGUUAUUAUACAAGAUCUACAGGAGGAACAUAUUCUUAAUCAAUAUUGUCAGUUAAAUUUUGAAUUUAAUGCAACAAACAAAGGUGAAAAUAACACUGCUAUAAACAUUUUAUUUGAUUCAACUGAUAUUACCAUUGAUUUUAAAACAGUACUAGUAUUGUUUCGAAGACAUUUCAUAUCCUUCAUUUGAAUAACUGAAAGCCGACUGAAAGGAAAAUUCCAAGAAAUGGAACAUUAUUAUUUAAAAAGUCAUUCUCUUUAAGGUUUACUGUUGGUAUAUGCUAAAUACUUAAUGAGCCGAGCUUAAUGAACUGCUCACAAUGCUCUCAAGCUCAGUCACGUGCUUGCAACGCGUUGUCUAUAUAAAGUUGUCCUUCUCGCGCACCCUAUUGAGGAAGUAAACAGACAGUUGGUUGUUUCGUGAUUAGUGUUCUUUACUUUGGAGGAAAGAUGUGGUUGACUGUGUCAUUUGUAGUCGCCUUGAGUCUUUCAGGUUCAUCAGCAGUGUGUCCGUGUGAACAUGAGCAGCUGUGUCAGCCCGUUCAGCAGGAACAUGAGUUUGAGGUAUUCGUAUUUGAUGUUGGGGGUAAAGGCUGGAAAUUUUAUGACUGGUCCCAUGUGACGACAGUUGCUACUUUUGGAAAAUAUGAUGCUGAGCUAAUGUGCUAUGCUCAUUCUAAAGGGGCACGUGUUGGUCUGAAAGGUGUUGUACCCCUCUCGGAUAUGGUGGAUGUUGGCAAAAGGACAGCUUGGAUCACAGAAAAAGUCAAUUUGGCUAAAAGCCAGUUCAUGGAUGGUAUAAACCUUGACAUUGAGCAGGCUGUUGAGGAGUCUUCCCCUGAGUACUACGCUUUGACUGCCCUUGUCAGGGAGACCACAGAAACAUUCCAUAAAGAAAUUCAGGGUUCUCAGGUAUCAUUUGAUGUGGCUUGGUCGCCUAAGUGCAUUGAUGAGCGCUGCUAUGACUACAAAGCGAUUGCAGAUUCCUGCGACCUGGUUUUUGUCAUGUCUUAUGAUGAGCAGAGUCAGAUCUGGGGGGACUGCAUUGCAAUGGCAAAUGCACCUUUAAAUCAAACCCUGGCAGCAUAUGAUCAAUACAUGGGGAUGAAAAUCGAUUCAAAUAAACUGGUGAUGGGAGUUCCAUGGUAUGGUUAUGACUACCAGUGUCUGAACUUGUCUCAGGAGGGCAUCUGUACAAUUCCUAAAGUGCCUUUUAGAGGAGCACCUUGCAGUGAUGCAUCUGGAAAGCAAAUCCCUUACAGCACUAUGAUGAAACAAAUCAGUAGCUCUACAUCUGGGAGGCUCUGGGAUGAAAUCCAACAAGCUCCCUACUAUAAUUACCAGGAUGGUAAGGGGAACAUUCACCAGGUGUGGUAUGAUGAUCCAGAGAGCAUUUCAUUGAAAGCUUCUUACGUAGGACAGCGGAGUUUGAGAGGAAUCGGCAUGUGGAACGGAAAUCUCCUUGACUACAGAGAUGACCCUGUUGCCCGUCAGCAAAGUGCUGAAAUGUGGAAUGCGCUCAUCCCAAAACAUGCACCAUCUAUGACUGACUCCUGAGACUACAACUGUUUCUCCUAAUCAGUAGAACAAUUUUCCCAAGUCUAAUAAAAUACACGAUGUAAUACUUGACUUCAGUGUUUUAAAAUUGUUAGUAAAAAAGACAUUCCCAGCCUUUUAAAUGACACAAUCAAUUUUUACCCUUAUUUUGUUUUUAAAUGGAUAUGAUUGACAGUGUGAUCUUAAAUCUUUGAAUUAAAAAAAAAAUCAUAGGUUUUAAAGACGUAUUCAAUUGUAGAGGACUGAACAUUAAACAGCAGCCAUACUGUAUACUUUCUUUAUUCCCAUUUAAUUAUCUUUAGUGUGACGAAAAAGCCUAUUCUAGUUGGCAUCCAGAAAGAUUGCACAGAAACUGGAUCCCACACUGUGUGUGGGUAUGUUGCAGUCGGUUAGAUUUGAUUGUUUGCCUGAAUAAAGUUUAAGAGAACGUAUUCACAAAUAGCUACUAGAGUACUAAUGGAAUACAAUCCAUUUUAAAUUUAGGAAGUUGCUGAAGUGACUCUAGAGGUUACCCAAGGUCAGCAGAGCCUGUGAGAGGCUCCACGAAUGAGCACUGAGACUUUUUCUGCAUUAGUUCUGCUUUCAAGGCUUGAAGCUCCAUGGCAGCCUGAAUCCUCAGUUAAAAUUAGCAGAACAGAAAGUAUACUGUUUGUUUGAUUUAUUUAUUCAUUCAUUCCUUUUUAUAGAGGGACAAAUCUGUGUGGAUAAUGUGCUUAAUUUACAUACCAUAAUUUGUGUGUCAAGUUUCAUUUUGGCAUCAUCAGUGUUUUUCUUCAGGCUCUCUAUUUUGCAGCUUUCAGUCAUAAUCUGGAUUCUCAGGUCAUUCUGUGAAAGAGAAAAUUAGUACUUUAGUUAUUGGUCCAGGUCUGGACUGUGGUAAUGAAUUUAAAGUUAUACACACAAAGGGCUCAAUUGAACAGGGUAUAAAAAGACCACGUUUUCCCUUUGUAAAACUGCAUCCCUCUUCGUUUUAUUUAUAUCUAUAGAAACAUUUGAAACAGGUUCAGAGUUUAUAAACUAAUACAUUUAUAAACUUGUAAUAGAUCUUAGAUGCUCUUAAUAUUUAUUGCAAUUUAUCUCAUUAAUUAGUUGGUUCUGUAUAUUAGUAAGCUGGCUGGCUAGCUAACUAACGGCUUCAUAUUUUUCAUGUGUAGCAAGAUUUUUUUCUUUCCAUGGUAGUAUCAGCUUUUUUUUUUUCUUCUGGUUUAAUUACUGUCACUGCAAAUUAUUGGUAUUUAAGAAAGUUAAACACAGUUUAACAUUUUACUCAGAAGUGGAUGUUUGUCUCCCUCUACUGUAAGACAACCUACAGUUUUCCCAUUAGUUUUUCACUGAGCAAGUGGAAACGAUAACCUUUAUACUUGACAGUUUCCCUGCUGAUCUUUGUUUGUUCCUUACAUCUCUGGCUUGCAGCUGCUGAAACAAUUUGUUGUAAAAUGUCUCGAGUUCCUGGCAAAGGCUUUUCAAGGUUUCUUUCAGUGAUUCUGUGGCCUUUUUGGUGUCAAAAUACCUUCUCUUCCCGUUGUCUCGUGCUAGGGUGUUCGUUGUUUGGAGAAUAGCCCUUUUAAGUUCAAGUCAAAGUAUGUUAUUUACAAAUUCAGCUAGUGCAUACCUUUCACUAAAAUAAAAUAAAAUCUUAACAUUUUACAACUAGUGCAUACCUUGGUUCCUACAGUGUCUAUUCAAAGCUAGCAGUUCUUUUCCCUUUCUCAGAAGCAUUUGUCUUGUUUUUUCUAGCUUUUUUCUUUCUUCUUGGACCAGUCUAAUUUCCUUCAGCAGUUCAUCCCCUAGGUAAGUAACCAUAUUUAAUUUAUUCAUCACUAGUUAUCUUUAUAUUCUGUUGCACUAGAAGUUAAGAUUGUUGUAACAUCUCACUGUUAAUUGAAAGUUUAGGAGUGGUCUUUUGCUCAUGCGGAGGCUGAGAAAGGGCACUAGGAGCUGAAUCAAACAAAACAGAAACAUAUAUAGUUUCAGCUCCACUCACAUGGACCUGUUGUGGAAAGAAGAAAACGAGGCACUUUCUGCAAUAAAGCCUUUCUAUACAUCUUCACUGCACACUGGACAGGAAAGCACCCCUGCUGGAAUUUUAGCCAGUCCCUAAAGGUCAUAGUGUUUUAACAAGGAUCAGGCAUUUAUGAGUACAAGACUUCCCAGGUCUUCUAGGAGAACUAUUCAGAAAUGUGUUCAUGAAUGUUCAUUGUGGCUUGAAUUGAAGAAGACGAAUAUGAUUCCCAACCUUACCUCAUCACCUGGUUUCUUUCUGGGUAGCUUCAACAUUGGAGACAGCAUAUUUUAUAAAUAAAGCAUAUUUUCAUAACAACUCCACCUUUUACAAUAUUAUCUUCCUUGAGAGUGGAAUAACCCAGUAUCUGGACCCUCCUGCAUAUCUGGUACUCCAGUAUCUCUGGUCAAAUUUCUCUUGUAACAAGGCAUUAUCUCAUUUUUCUCCAUUUCAUUUGGAGAUUGUUUGAUGGGGAUAAAUAUUAAAAAUAUUUAUACUGCAUUAUGUCAUUUUUACCUACAGAUUUUGGAUAACAUAUGAUAGUAAAGACAAAUUUAAGACAACAUAAAGCAGCUUAAUAUAAGAGUACAGCUAGAGUUUACAAAAGAAUAGCUUCUUCUUGAACAUAAAGUGUUACCAUGCUGCUUUGCCACAAACUCCUCUUGGACAUUCUAACAUUUUUGGAGCUUCGAUCCACAUGGAGUCUUCACAUCCCAGGAGUCUUCCUCCCUCUCCUCCAAGAAACUGAAGCUACUCUCUUUUUCUAAACUUAGGGCUAGGACAUACUGCUGGGGGCUCUUGUUUGAUUAGUGGGAAUUUAGUAGGUUCUUUUGUCUGGCCAGGUGCAAAAAUGGGUCUAGGAGGGUAACAUGUCUGAGAGUCAGUGUUGUAAAGGACAGUGUCUGAGCUUAGAGACCAGGUGAAAAGGCCAGGUGAAUAUCCAGGGGUUGUACCGCAUAUAAAAAAACAUCCUAAACUACUGUCUAUUUCAAACUUUGUGGCAAAAGUUUAAGGAAGACCCAUAUGGGUUUGAUGGCCAGGUGUCUACAUACUUCUGGUCAUAUAGUGUAUAAGAUUACCUUUUGCUCAUACUAUAAUUUUUACUUUUGAAGAAUUUAAUUUUGAUAGAUUAAUCAUACAGAAAUUAUUGCUACCACUUGUAUGAAAAAUGCUAUAUAAAUA